AUGCGACUCGACGACGCGGCGGCGGCGGCGGCGGCGGCGGCGGCGGCGGCGGCGGAGGGGACGAGUCAAAACGGCGACGGCGGUGAGGGGGGCGAGUCGAGGCCGCGUGAGUCGAAGGCGAUCGACAUCACGCGGGAGAUGUUGGCAGAAACCCGGUGGUCCCGCGGCGUUGUCGUGGGCCGCGGCGCGAACGGCUCGGCGAAGGCGUUCGUGGAAACCGUGAUGCGCGGCGGCGGCGACGACGACGACGACGACGAGAGCAGGGUGUUGGGGAUGGUACGCGAUCGACAGGGUGGUUGCCACACGGGCGACCCGCGCAUGGAUCGGGACCGAUCGGUCGCGGGGCAGCGGCAGGAUAUCAACAGGUUUCACGACGAACGUGCGACGAAGAGGGCGUACAUGGACAAGCUGAUUGGACUCAAGAAGCAGGCGACGGCUCGACGCGAUCACUCCACCGCGAGGACGCACCAGGCGGACAUCAUCAGAGUUCGCGGGGAGAUCGAGGAUUUGACGGCGAGGGUCAACAAGCUGGCGGCCGUCACGUUCAAGACUGACAGGAACGUUGGCCUCGGGGCAAUCGACUUGCACGGAUUCACCACGGAGGGGGCGAGGGAGAAAUUCAUAGCGGCGUUGGGAGCGGCGCUGGAGUUGAACGGCGGUUUGGAGGUGAUCGUCGGCAAAGGUAGCCACAGCGGCGCUCGCGGCGGCGUCAUCGGCCCGAUGGUUAAGAAGAUGCUGAACGAACACAAGGUUGGGUGGGAAUCCGAGGGCGGAAAGGUGGUGAUCAGGUGGGCGUGACUGGGCGGCGUGGCGAAGGCGUCGUUUUUGCGCCGCGGAGGUCGAGAAGUAAACUAGACUAAUAAGAAGGGAAAACUUCUGGGCGGGUAGGAGCGGGCAACACGCAAUCUGCUCGAAACCGUUACUUUCGAAGG